GCGUGCCAAUGCUAAAUUUCUAGUUUGGUCAAAAUUAAACGUGAAGCUGGGGAAAUAUAUAAGAGCGACUGGGAGAGAGAAGCAGCCGUUGAAAAGACGGUAAAGGUUGGAGCAGUGGGAUCAUUUCGUUACAUUGCACAUUACUCCUCUCCCUGUCAUUGUCCCAGUCCCUGCAAUCUAGGGUUCUUCGAAUAUACUGUUUCCCCGUUUUAGCCUCCGCAUUUUCUUUGUUUGAUUUCUCCGUCACUCGUCCUCCACUUCGAUCUAUCCAAUUGAGGUGAUUUCGACGAUUUAGGGCUUUAAUUCGAGAUCUUCAUUGUGCCUCGCGUCGAUAAAAUCCAUCAUGACAAUCGCCGAUUCAGUUUUUCCGGGAGACAAUGGGGCGAGUUGCGUACCACUUCCACCGGAGGAAGAAAAUCGGAUCGUAUCCGAGUUGAUCAAGGAAUCGGAGCUUAAUUUGAAAGAAGGCAACUUAUACUACGUUAUUUCUAAUAGGUGGUUUUCAAGGUGGCUGUGUUAUGUUGGGCCUUGUGCUGGUAUGCUUUCAACUGAUAAUCAAUCUUAUGAUGGUCAGCAUGCCCACACGGUUCACACAAAGAUUGCAGAUAGACCUGGGCCAAUUGAUAAUUCUGAUAUUAUUUCAAAUGGAAAUGAUUGUGAUAGAAAUAAUUUAGAUAUUCGUCGAAUGUUGGAAGAGGGUACAGACUAUGUUUUAGUUCAUGAAAAAGUGUGGGAAAAACUGUUGGAAUGGUACAAAGGUGGACCAGCACUACCCAGGAAGUUAAUUUCUCAGGGUGUUGUUGGACACAAGCAAUACAGUGUUGAAGUUUACUUACUUAGUCUAAAGGUGACUGAUGCGAGAGAUAACAGUCAGUCAAUUGUGAAAUUAAGCAAAAAGGCUACCAUAGGUGAACUUUAUGAACUGGUGUGCAAAAUUAAAGGAGUAGAACAAAACAAGGCCCGUAUUUGGGAUUACUUCAAUUUGAGAAAACAUUCAUUGCUGACAGUCUCAGACCAGACAUUAGAGGAUGCAAACAUGAUGUUGGACCAAGAUAUUCUUCUAGAAGUAUCACUUGGUAGAGAUCGCUCUUCUCCUUCUGGCAUGGAUUCCAUGGGAAAUGAAUUAGCUUUGGUACCAAUAGAACCUCCAAGGUCAUUUAUGUCAAUUGCAGGGGGACCUACCAUGUCAAAUGGUCACUCAACUGGGUCUAGUCUUAAUUCGUAUCAGGGAAGUUCCCUAAAUUCAUCAUUGACCAAUAUGGAAGGUAAAUGUGAUGUCAAUAAAGGUGAAAGGGGUGGUUUGGCAGGACUGCAGAACUUGGGGAAUACCUGCUUCAUGAAUAGUGCUAUUCAAUGUUUAGUCCACACACCACCUCUUGUUGAAUAUUUCUUACAAGAUUACAGUGACGAGAUCAACAUGGACAAUCCUUUAGGAAUGCAUGGUGAGUUAGCACUUGCAUUUGGUGACUUGUUGAGGAAACUGUGGUCCUCAGGGCGAACUGCAAUUGCACCUCGUUCAUUCAAGAGCAAGUUGGCUCGAUUUGCUCCACAAUUCAGUGGUUACAAUCAGCAUGAUUCUCAGGAAUUGCUUGCCUUUUUAUUGGAUGGACUGCAUGAAGAUUUGAAUCGUGUGAAACAAAAGCCUUACAUUGAAAUGAAGGACUCUGAUGGUAGGCCAGAUGAGGAAGUUGCAUCUGAGUGUUGGAAAAAUCAUAUGGCUCGGAAUGAUUCAUUGAUUGUUGAUGUAUGCCAAGGUCAAUACAAGUCAACAUUGGUUUGUCCAGUAUGUGGCAAAAUCUCAAUCACUUUUGAUCCAUUCAUGUACUUAUCAUUACCACUGCCUUCCACUGUAACUCGAACAAUGACAGUAACUGUCUUCAAUUGUGAUGGGAGUGCUCUUCCCAUGCCAUACACUGCGACAGUUCUGAAGCAUGGUUGCUGUAGGGAUCUUUGCCAAGCAUUAGGCAUGGCAUGCUGCUUGAAGAGUGAUGAAAUGCUUUUGCUUGCAGAGGUUUAUGAGCAUAAGAUUUAUCGAUAUCUAGAGAAUCCAUUGGAAUCAUUAAAUUCAAUAAAGGAUGAUGAACAUAUUGUGGCCUAUCGACUCAAAAGUGGAGGCAGGAAAACAAAACUAGAAAUAAUGCAUCGAUUGCUGGAUAAUAUGAAGGGUGGAGACAGGAAGCUCUUUGGAACCCCCUUGGUUACUUAUUUGGUAGAAGAUCCUCAAUAUGGAGCUAACAUUGAGGCAUCUGUACAGAAAAUGUUGGGGCCUUUAAGAAAUGCAUAUUCUUCUAGUUCAACUAAAUCUCAUGAUGGGAAGGAAAAUGGUUUCAUCUCAUCUGUAAAUGAUGAGCAAUCAGACAACACCAGUACUCAAAGUGAAUCAAGAAGUCUGAUGAUUGGCAGCAAAGAACAAGAGGGAACAUCUUGUGGGGAGUCAUCUUUCCAACUUGUUCUAAUGAAUGAAAAUUCGAGCUGUGAGCCCAUUGAGAAGGCUUCUUUUAUAAAACCCAGCCCCCUUAUAAGAGUCUUUCUUGAUUGGACUGACAAAGAACAUGAAUUAUAUGAUGCUAGCUAUCUUAGGGAUCUCCCAGAAGUUCACAAGACUGGGUUCACUGUUAAAAAGACUCGGCAAGAAGCUAUUUCUUUAUUUUCUUGCUUGGAGGCAUUCUUGACUGAAGAACCUCUAGGACCUGACGACAUGUGGUACUGCCCUAGAUGCAAGGAACACAGACAAGCUACCAAGAAGCUAGACUUGUGGAAAUUGCCAGAGAUUCUUGUUUUUCACUUAAAACGAUUCUCAUACAGCAGAUACCUGAAAAACAAACUGGACACUUUUGUGAAUUUUCCCAUUCACAAUCUUGAUUUGUCCAAGUAUGUGAAAAGCAAGGAUGGACAGUCCUAUGUGUAUGACCUCUAUGCAAUCAGCAAUCAUUAUGGUGGUCUAGGUGGUGGGCAUUACACUGCAUAUUGUAAGUUGAUCGAUGACAAUAAGUGGUGCCAUUUCGAUGACAGUCAUGUUACUCCUGCUACUGAAGGUGAAAUUAAAUCUUCAGCUGCAUAUGUGCUAUUUUAUCAGAGAGUUAGAAGUGAAGGCCAGGUGGAAGGAGAGUCAUCUCAGGUUAAUCCAGGUUUUUAGAGAUCAUGAUGAGGUUCUUAUUGACCAUGAUGAGCUGUUUUGAUGUUCGAUGCCUGGAUUAUAUGCUUAGCACGAUGCAGAGCUUAUGUCUUGGAUAGUUCCUUUACUUCGCAGUUCAAAACUGCAAGGUAAUAUAAAAGAAAAUGUUACGUAUCCUAGCAGCAAUUAAGCAAAAAUGUCUUAUGUGAGGCUCUGGUAAACAUUACAUGUUCAGUGGGAGUAUCAGUUACUAAUCACUACAUGAAUGAUAUCAUUUUUUGAAAGAGAAAUUUUGGCAGCCUAUGAACUUAGAUAUUUCUGGUACUUCGUUUCAUCGGUGGUUAAAACAGAUCAUCAUGAAAUCGUCGUCAUUGCUAGUAGGGCGGCGCUUCUGUUUGUGAAAGAAUUCAUGCCCUCCUUCCAUUAUUAUAUUGUUAGGAUGCUUGGAUUACAUAGAAUUUGCGGGAGAGGGGAUGAACAACAGCUGAUUAUAUUUAUUUAUUUUUUAAAUAAUGGGUUACCCCCUUGCUCUUGUAAUGUCUUUCUACUAAAUCUCAGGUGCAUUACCGACCAUGUUUAUGACUUGGCCGCACGGAUCUUUUUGAGUAUUUUUUAGAUUUUUAUCUGGUAUAGGUCAAAUUGAGUCAACGCCGCAUUUUAUUUUGAUCCAGAACAGUGUCUUCAGUCCAAUUGUUUUCUGUUUCUAGUUAGAUUUCGGGUCUGCAAACUAUUGAGUUCUAUCCCUAUUGUCAAUUGACCACGACCGGUCGACAUUUUCUGUUUGGUUCUUAUUGUUCUUUUCUGCUGCUGGUUUCGUCAAGCUUUGGCAAGGUUUGCUUGAUCAGCUAAAAUUUAUCCCAUUUCUGUAGGCAACAAGUGACUGGUUUCCCACUCAAAAACCAAUUAUAUUACUUCUUAAUGAAAAAUGUUU